GCUGCAUGGCAUCCGGAAAUGUGACUCCAAAAAGAUCUUUCCACUCAGUUCCUCUGAGUUAAACUAUGCUGCUAGUCCUGUUUGGUGAUCAAGGAAGAAGUUAUCGCAAAAAAGGAAACAGUGACAGAAACAGUGAGCAACAGCUCUACACCUUAAACCAAAAGACGUAGAGGAGAUGUAACCCAUCAGAAGCCUUUUAUGUUAAUUAUUCGUUUUUACAAAUCAUGGACAAAGCUUCAUCUGUCAAAGAGCUGAAUGCUGUGCUUGUGGGAUCAAACAGCUCCCGUAAGUCUCUCGUUGGAAACAUCAUCUUGGGAACAAAGGUGUUUGAUCAAGGAGAUGUAAAAUGCCGUUAUGAGACGGGAGAGGGAGAAGUAUGUGGGCGAAGAGUCACGUUGGUCAAAGCCCCCGGGUGGCUCCGAGGAUAUGACCUCUGUAACACACCCGAACUCUUCAAGACAGAAGCGACUCUCAGCGUCAGACCUGGACUGCAUGCUUUCAUUCUGGUGAUUAACGCUGAACUGCCAUUCAAGAACACAUACAAGAAGGCAACACAGAAGCACUUGCAGCACUUUUUUGGUGACAAGGUGUGGGAUCACACGAUCGUGGUCUUCAUUCACAGAGGCUGUCUAGGCCACGAAACCAUUGAGGAUUACAUCAGACAGGAAGGUCCGCCGCUCCAGUCACUUCUAGAGUCUUGUGGUAACAGAUAUCACCUUCUGUGUGAUGACGGCACAGACAACAAUGAGAAAAUCAAAGAGUUGUUUGAGAAGAUUGACACCAUGGUGGCAGAAAAGAGUUGUUACCAAAUCGACAGCACGCUGGUGGCAAAUGCUGAGUCCAACAGAAGGGAAGUGGACAAAAAAGCUGAGCAGCUUUUACUGCAAUCACAACGGCAAAGGACAGAGCUCAGAAAACUCCUGACAGAGCCAAAACCCAACCUGAGAAUCUUGAUGGUUGGGUGGGUGUUUUCUGGGAAGAGUGCGUCUGGGAACAGUAUUCUGAGAGCUGAAAGGUUUCAGGCUGGUGAAAGAACAGAAGAAGCCUUACAGCAAUGUGGCAAAGUGUCUGGAAGAGAGGUCAUGAUUGUGGACACUCCAGGAUGGUGGAAAUUCUUCCCAGCAUCGUUCACCCCUUCACUCCUGAAGUCCGAGAUUUUAAAAGGGGUUUCUCUGUGCUCGCCAUCACCCAAUGUCAUUUUGCUGGCAGUGCCGCUUGACACAUCGUUCACCGAAGAUCAACGACGGGUCACAGAGGACAACAUGAGGCUACUUGGACAGACAGUGUGGAGACAUGUCAUCGUGGUGUUUACAUUUGGGAACAGUUUGGGGGACAAAACUAUUGAGCAGCACAUUGAAAGUGAAGGAAAGCCUCUCCGUUGGCUGAUUGAGAAAUGCAAUAACAGGUAUCAUGUCCUUGACAAUACGCAUGCACCCGAGGAUCAGAUAGUGGAGCUGCUGGAGAAAAUGGAAGAGAUGAUAGCAGGAAACAGCUGUUUUUAUCUCAGUGCCAAUCCUGAUGCAGAUGAUCCACAACCUCAGGAUGACAGAAGUGACAAAUCAGCUGAAAACAAAGAUGAGACCACAGCCGAGGAGAUCACAAGACAACUUACCAUCGAAUGGGACCGCAACAACUGGGAAAAACACCACAGCACAGACAGUAUGACACUAUUACCACCGCACCUGAGUGAUGAUGGGCUGAGUUCUUCAGAAUCAGAGGAAGAACAAACUGAGCGCCAAUCUGAAGAUGACCAGUUUAGGACCAGUUUUGAUGCAGAAGAAGAAAAUGACGGAGACGCAGAAUCUGGCCCUCUGAGAAGAUGGAGCAUGCUGCUGGAGAGGGAGUGGAGCAGACGAGAGGUGGCCAUGGAGCAGGCUUCCUGGAACUACUUCUGCAAUCCUGUCCAUGCAGACACAUCCGAGCCAGACAGUAUCCUGCUGCUGGAAUCAAGAAAAAAAGUAAGAAAGUGGCUGGAAACCCAAACAUCUGGGUAUGGGACAUCCUCCUCCACUAGCCUUAAAUCAGUGGAGAAGGAAGAAUUAAACAUGACAGGACAUUUGGAGGACAGUCACGAAAAUACUACUAACUACUAACUACUAUUCACUCUGACUACUUAAUUGUUAGUGUAACCCCCGAAUAAAACUGAACUGUUACAACUCUAACAUCUGUAAUUGAGAAAAAAUAAACAGCUGAAAAUCAGAUCACUGCACCCUGAACGUCAACAGAAGAGCACUCCUCAGAGAUAAGGUGCUUUUUCAAGGAGUUACCACAUAAAGUCAUGGAUAUGAAAAGUUAAAAAUGUCACGGACGGGAAGAGGAAGAAGGAGAAUAAGCUAAAGUAAAUAGAGGAUAGAGGAGCGUCAGAUGACGAGCGACAAAGAGUGCGAAGAACUCCGUGGCUGAUUUCUACUGAGGGCUUAGCCCAUCAGCAGCACCGUCAGAGAGGAUUAGGAAGACCAGGGAUUGGCAUCAGAACGGCAAGAUGGGAUCUCUCUGUUAUAUCAGAAUUAACGUUAAUCCAGAGUUGAAGCCUCUACGUCUCACACAGAGACGGGCAUCGACACGUGUAAACACACAAUCACUUCACUUCACCAUUUACUAUGGUAUAUGCUUUCAUUCACCAUAUAAAUGCAUCCUUAAACAUCUAAUGGCUCUUAUGCACGCAUGCACACACAAGAAACAAAGGAAGAAAGACGAGGUUAAUGAACAAAGGAGGCAAAGGUAAAAGGAGAAGAAGACAAAGAAGAGUACAUCAGUGAUAAUGGUUUCUAUGUAUAUGACAUCUGAACCUCCUGUGUUCAGUCUGAAAGCAUCUGGUAAUCAGUCAGACUACAGCGUUCCUCCCCUGACAUGCUGCUCAUUAACGAAUGUCUGUCAUGGUGGUUUCUUUCUAAACUCCUUUUUGCUCUUAUUGUUACAUAAACAUGUUAAAGACAGCUGGCCCGUGGUGUGUGGUGGAAUUAAAAUAAGUGCUUUUAUACAUUAUCAGCUGCUAUCGAGGAGUCCUUACAUUGAGAGGUUCUAGGGUGAAUAAACGACAACAGGAUAUUUUUUAUGUUCACAAUGUAAAUUUAAGAGAAAAUAUUACAUUUACUGAUAACGAGGCUCCAUCAGGUCUUGUGUUGGUGAGAUAACCAACUGUGCAUAAGCUGUGUAGUGACUGUGUAUAAAGCAUUCUGAAGUUGAAGGGACUUUUCAUAUGCUACUGGUUCCUGUUGUGACUUCUUCACAUGGGUGUUUCCCUGACAAAUGCAUUGAUAGAACAGAAUCUCCUUCCCCUUCGUUUAGUGGGGAUGCCAUUGUGAAUCUUCCAGGGAAUUAGACUGCUGCUGUGCUGCUGCUGCUUUGCAAAAUAAAGCAAACCUCAAACGUUA